AUCUGAAAUGGAAAAUGUAGGACCCACUGUUCAUUUGUAGGGACUUUAAAGAGCUUUCGUUCUCUAAAGCUAUUCUUAUCAUCUCUCUCUCUCCAUCUCUCUCCCUCUGUAGCUUGCUGCUGGCUCGAGGAAAUCCAAGCUAUAAGCCUGUGAUCCCGUUACUUCUGGGCCUUUACUCGUCUGCUUCUGUUCUUUUUUCCGGCGAGAUUUGGCCGGAGAAUGGCAUAUAUGUGUGCGGACAGUGGCAAUCUAAUGGCAAUAGCGCAGCAAGUGAUUAAGCAAAAGCAACAGCAAGAACAGCAGCAGCAGCAGCAUAAUCAACAACAGCAGCUUCUUGGUCUUAAUCCUUUUUCUCUUAAUCCCUGGCCCAGUAGUGCUACUCACCACCCCAUGUCAAAUGCUUCAAAUUUGGGUUAUUCCCUUUCGGGUCCUGGCUUUGCCGACCCUUUUCAGGUCGCCGGCGGUGGAGAUGCGGGGGAGUCAGGCUUUCAGUUCCCGCAUAUAGAGCAUCACUCUACCGGGUUCCGUUUCUCUGAUUUCGGGGGUGGUGCUGGCGGCGAGUUUGAUUCUGAUGAGUGGAUGGAUAGUUUGAUGGGUGGUGGGGAUUCGACGGAUAGUUCAAAUCUGCCCUCGGGUUGCGAACCUUGGCAGCAUAGUUCUGAUUUUAGCCUCUACGGGCCUGAUCCGUUUGUCACCGGCCCGAGUCGACUCGGUGUGGCGUGCUCUCCGCCUUCCGAUCUGAACCCAGUUAUCUUCACCGAGACCCAGAAGAGUCCGGCGGCAACUCUUCAACAGCCUCAGGUCACUGCGUGGGCUCCUUCACCGCCACAAUUACCCUCGCCGCAGCCUCUGCAAGCGUUAUUGAAAGACACCAAGACCACUAACUCCCAAACCCUGAAUCUUCUCAAAAACGACCCCGUUGGGGUCUCUUCGAGCUCACCGGAACCUGUAUCAUCACCUCCGCUUUUCAAAGCCUUACUCGACUGUGCCAGACUCGCGGAGUCAGAGCCCGAUCGUGCGGUGAAAUCUCUGAUUUGUCUCCGUGAAUCGGUGUCCGACCAAGGAAAUCCGACUGAGCGAGUAGGAUUUUAUUUUACUGAGGCUCUUCACAGUAGGCUAUCCCUGCAAGCAGAGAAAAGCUUGACCAUUGUGGAGACUUCCUGCGAGGAUUUCACUCUGUCUUAUAAAGCCCUAAACGAUGCCUGUCCUUACGCCAAAUUUGCUCAUUUAACAGCUAACCAGGCGAUACUCGAGGCGACGGAGACGGCGAGCAUGAUUCACAUAGUCGAUUUUGGGAUUGUUCAAGGGGUUCAGUGGGCGGCGCUGCUGCAAGCUCUGGCUACCAGGACUGCCGGAAAACCCGCUCGAAUCCGGAUCUCGGGUAUUCCGGCUCCCGCUCUCGGGAAAUCCCCGGGUUCAUCUUUACUGGCUACUGGAAAUCGUCUUCGUGAUUUUGCAAAGCUUCUUGAUUUGAACUUCGAGUUCGAGCCAAUUCUUUCCCCGAUUCAGGAGCUCAACGAAGCGACUUUCCGAGUUGAGCCUGACGAGGUUUUGGCUGUGAACUUCAUGCUUCAAUUAUAUAAUCUGUUGGACGAGACUACAGCUGCUGUGGAGGCUGCGCUAAGGUUGGCCAAAUCACUGAAACCAAAAAUCGUGACGCUGGGGGAGCACGAAGCGAGCUUGAAUCGGGUCGGGUUUGCCAGCCGGUUCAAUAACGCAUUAAGGUUUUACGCUGCGGUGUUUGAAUCGCUCGAGCCAAAUUUGACCAGAGACUCGCCUGAGAGGCUCCAAGUCGAGCGAUUGUUACUUGGCCGGAGGAUUUCCGGCGUGAUUGGACGAGAGGAACCGGAAACCAGAAGAGAACGCAUGGAGGACAAGGAGCAAUGGAGGGUUUUAAUGGAAAGCUGCGGCUUUGACUCGGUCCCACUCAGCCAUUACGCAAUGAGUCAAGCUAAGAUACUUUUGUGGAACUAUAAUUACAGUCCUCUCUACUCACUGAUCGAUUCUGAACCUGGGUUUCUCUCCCUAGCCUGGAACGAAGUCCCUCUCCUCACUGUUUCUUCAUGGCGUUGAUGGUUUUUUGGCCGAAAUUAUAUAAAGUUUCCACCUGGUAAUUUUUCUCUUCGGUGCGAAGCAAAACGGAUUAUUCAGUGUCGAUACGCCAUUGAUGUUCCUGUGGGGUGCUUUUUCCUCUCUUGCUAGAUAAAAAUAUGAUAGUCCUAAUCAGUGUUGAUUAGUAGAAGGUAUUGUUUUUAAUUAAAAGCAUUGUAGAAGUGCACUAAUGGAGUCACUAGCUUUUAUUAGAUUCUACAGUUUGGAGAUUUUUACUUUCUUCUUAGAUUUUAUGGGUUUCCCUUCUGCUUUCCGCUGGGUUUUUGUCACUGGUUCUGAAACUUUCUUUUCGGGUUCUCCUUCAAAUUGUAAAAAGAAGAAGACGAGGGAAAUGAAAUUGAAAAGAAAACAGAGAUUUCUUUCCCUUGGUGGUAAUUGUAACUCUGUAUAUAAAAUUUGAAUCUUUGGAUAUCAAAAAUUUGGUGUCAAUUUAACCUUUC